AUGUCGGCUCUGCAUUCGGCUCUGCUCCUCCUGCUCUUCAGUGAUCCAGCAAACGCUCUCCGGCUGCUGCCGCCAUGCGCCUCGCCAUGCGCCUCGCCAUGCGCCGCGCCUCGCCAUGCGGUCCGAUCGGCUGUCGUAGCAAAGGCGCCCGCCUUCGCCGCGAAACCGGAGGCUGCUCAAGCACUUGUGGAGAAGCCGGCGGGCGAGGAGGCAAAAGCACCUGCCCCGUCUCCGUCGCCACUUCCGCCGUCGUACCCAUCCUACUCGGCAGCCAACUGGUUUGACACACCCGACACGGAGCCCAAGGCGCCCGACCCCGGACCGGAGGAAGUGGUCGAGGCGGCAGAGGUCGAGGCGGCAGAGGCCGCAGAGCCUCCAGCCUCGAAGAAGGCGGCUGCCAAGGCGAAGGGGCGGGCGGCCAAGCCUCCCGCCAAGCCGAAGAAUGCGGCCUCCAAGCCGGCCAGCCGGGCGGUGAGGCCCGCAGCCGCUCCCGCUCCCGCAGCAGCAGCAGCAGACGCACUGCCCGCCGCCAUCCGCGUUGGCUCUCAGCUGCCGCCCGAUCUGACGGUCGAAAUUGCGGUGCGGUCGAAAGGGCGGCAAACCAUCCCGCCCACCACGACGCUCGGCGCGCUGCUGGGGAGCGGCACGUCCGUCCUGGUCGGCAUGCCCGGCGCCUUCACGCCCACCUGCAACGACAAGCACCUGCCCGGCCUGAUGAAGGCCGCCGGCCGCUUCGCCCGCCUCGGAGUCUCCAACGUCGCCGUCGUCACCACAAACGACCGUUUCGUGAAUGCGGGCUGGGCCGAGGCAGUGGCGGCGGCGGCGGGCGUCGACAGCCCAAACAUCACCAUGGUCUCCGACCCGGACGGCGCCCUCGUUGGCGCGCUGGGCCUGUCCGGCGACAUGGGCAGCGGGCUGGGCGCGCGGUCGCAGCGAUUCGCCCUCGUGAGUGAGGAGUCGACCGUGGACCCGGGGUUGGACCGUCUCUCCAAGACGUCGGCGGAGGCGCUCGGCUCCUACCUCGACCCGGCGCAGGCGGCCAGCGCGGCAGCGGCUCUCGCGGCGGCAGUCCUCGGCGCCAGCGCGGCCGAGGUGGCCAAGGAGGCGUUUUCGCGCGAGGCGGCUCCGAAGGAGGCACCGGAGGCUGCGCCGGAGGCCGCAAAGCCGCAGACCAAGGCGGAGGCGCGCGGGGAGGCUGCGGGCGCUGGAAAGGAGGAGCCGAGGGCGGCGGCCGCCCAAAGCGAGGCCGUCGCCGACUUCAUGAAGACGCUCAAGGCGAGCCUGAAGGAGUGA